GGGACCCCUCUCUUUCCUGUCCCCCCUCCCUCAACCCAAUUGUUGCUCAACCCAGAAACGCUAUUUAUUAUGCGCUCUUACCGCACUGACUCUGCCGUCUGACUGCAAAUCCAAACGAAACAACAGCAUCAUCGCCAAAUACAAAGUCGUCGCGAGCGUCGUCUUGCAUUUCUAAAAUACAGAAAAUCUUACCCUGGUCAUCUUCGUGGCUCCCAUAAGCUAGAACAUAACGGAGUCCACUCCUCCGAAGCUCCUUACCCCCGGGGCAAAUUACUCCACCACGAAGCAUCACAUCCACUUCAAACACCACACCGCGGCCAGUAUUCACUUCAUCAGGCCGCACAUCAACUCCACGAAAUCGAAUACACGAUCGAGCGAAACGAGUACAACCUUUUAUCGGCCGGAGACGAACCUUCGCAUUCACAAACAACGUAGACACCGACACCCCCUCCCUCAUCAAUCAUGGCGGCCUUCGUCACCAACCUCUGGGACUCAAUCUUUACCCCAGGCCCAACACCGACUCUCCUCCGCGCAACCAACGCAACCUUUGCCGCGCUCCAGCUCCUCCUCGGCGUCCUCCUCCUCGCCACCUGGAGCAUCCACUUUGUCAUCCUCUCCUUCCUCAGCGCGGGCCUCUGGUACGCUAUCAACUGGUUCGUGAUCGAGCUGGCACAGCACGCAGAGGAAGAGGCCAAGAAGGCGCGUGGGACCGAUACAUCCGCCGGUGGAGGAGCAGGAGGCAGCGCGGCAGGAGCCAAUACUCAAGGAACGGAUGAUAGCGACACCGAGGUUGAGGGCAGCGCCGUUGUCGGAGGGGUAAGGGGUGGCGCUCGCGGGAGGAAGGGCGUCGUGGGCGGCAGCAGCCAGGUUGAGACAGCUGCGGAGCAGCAGCAAGCGGCCGACUUGAAGCAUCGCACCGCCGUUUCUGCCGCCGCCGAGUCUGGGGCUGAAGAUGCUACGAAUGGGGGCACGCAGUCGAGCGUGAGCACCGAGGAUGAGUGGGAGAAGGUUUCGGAGAACGAGAACGAGAAGGAUAAGUGAACUGAUCUCGAAGCGCGACGACGACGACG